AUGAAAACGAUGUCAGCAGAAAAGCAACGGCAACAACAGAGUCCAUAUGAUUAUUCAGUUAAACGAUUGCUCUCUCAAGACACCGGUUCUAGUUCAACAGAACAAUCAAGCGUUCUUCUCUGUCCACCGCCGAAAAAUCGUGCUCGUCGUGCACGAACAUAUUUUGACGAUCGAUCGAUUCAAAUACUCGAACAUGCCUUCCUGCAAGAACAAUAUCCGGAUAUUCAUCGUCGAGAACAAUUAUCAAAUGAAAUCGGUACAAGUGAAGCACGUGUACAAGUUUGGUUUCAAAAUAAGCGAUCACGUUGUCGAAAACGUCUGGUAACAAAAACGAGCACCAGCGAAAAUGAGAUGGAAAAUGAUGAGACAUAUUCGAAAUCUAUCCAUGAAACAUCAUUUGAAGAUCUACAUUCGCGCACGCCGAUGAGAUCAAUCCCAACCGCAAAUGUUUUACCAUUUACACCAAGUCCUAUUCAAUCUGUUUUGGCUACACAUUUCCCUUUUUUCCUUCAGCAUUUCUAUUGA